AUGGCCACAGAAACAGGAGGAGCCGGUGGUGGUGGUGGUGGGAGGAGUGACCCAGCAGCAGCAGCAACAGCCCCGCGGCUGCCCAUGCCAUCGCGCAACCCACUACCGCUGUCGGCGUCGCAGGAGGCCCAAGUGCGCGAUGUGUUUUACGAGCGGGUGCGGAGUAAAUGCGGGCCGGAGAUCAAAGCCUUCGCAGACUGUGCCCUCCACCGCACCUUCACCGCCCCUUUCGCCUGCCGCGCGCCCCACCGCAUCAUGAACAGCUGCAUGAAGACGCACGCCACACAAGAAGAGCACGACGCCGCGCGCGAGGAGUGGUUCGCCCUGCGGAUGCAGCGGGCGAAAGAAAGGGAGCGGAAGGCGCUGCGGAAGGCGGAGCAGGAGGCCUUUUUGCGGGAGUGGUGGGGCUUGCCGGAGAAGGAUCGGGAGCAGGCGAAGAGGGAGUGGGAGAAGUUGAAGAGGGGGGAGAGGAUUGGGGGGGGGUAUGAUCGUGUUUCUUCUGGUGGUGGUGCUGCUGCUGGUGGUGCUGCGGGGGGGAGUUUAGAGGGUGGGAAAGGGGGGGAUGGGGGGAGGUGA